AUGAGAGUGCUUCUUGCGUAUCUGGGCGCUGCUGCCGCCAUCGCGCUCUCCCUCCCCGGGGCAAGCGCCGUCCGCCAAGCACCACGACAGUCGCCAACCGAGAACGAGGCAUCGACUGAGCCGAAGGUGCCAACAUGCGAAAAAGCGGAGUUGCCGCUGUCUAUAUCGGCAGCAAACGGGACGGCAGCGUUCAGAUGCCACAAAGAGCUCCAGCUGCUCAGCCCGGAAUACCGGGGCGCCGUGGAGAAGCAAGAAGUAUACGUUGGAAACGAGACAAAGGUGCUCAGCACGGUUCUCCGCAAUGCGAAACUGGAGAAGAGAGAGGUGCCGGCUGCUGGCGAGAAGAACCCGUCUAGAAACUCAGAAGUGGGGCUGAACAGUCCCUCUAAGGAGAACGUGUACAUUCUCACAGUGCCUGAAUUGCCUACGGAGGAGACAAAGAUAAGUUUCAAGUGCCAGGCAGCCAGCCCUGGCGAACACGAGAAAGUGCAGAACUCACCCAGGGAAGAAGGGGGAAAUAACCCUUCACCAAAGGAAUGCAAGGUCACUGUAACGGUGGCUUCAUCAGCAGGCGCCUCGGCUGCGUUUCAACCAGCCCUCAUAACGCCCGCCAUUGCCGGACUCCUGUCGACGAUCGCUGCUGGUGUUCUUCAGCUCCGGGCAUGA